AUGGAAAACCCUGAAGUUUAUUCAGAUGCAGCUUCGCCAGGAAGAGAAUCGCUUGGAGAAGGAUCGGCAGAUCUUGAAAAACUGCUUCAAACUGCAGGUAGAGUUGCAUGUCGUAGUGCAUUUAAAUCACCAUAUUUGGUUGGUAGCUAUAGGAUGCAUAUAAUGCGCCAGCCUCCUCCACCGGAGGCAUACUAUCUGCGUUUUUCCUUCGCUCUGACGUGCGGAAUAAAGCAGAAAAGAAUAAUAAUACUUUUAAAUAUCCCUAAUAACGUCUAUUAAAGUUAACUCUUGGUAUAAUAGUGACGCAAAGAGCAAAGCAGCUCAACACAUUUUUUCGGCGCUCCGGAAAAUAGUUCGGUUGAAACCAGACAGACUGGACCCGUGGCUAUACGGCCCUGCGUUCGCGGAGUGUCAAUGGGUAAAAUAGCGGUGCCCAUAUAUUAAACACUAGUUUUGAACCACGAUUGUGCAACGAUAACAUUGAGACAUGGUAUGUUUGUAUUCGUACAGAGGCUGAGAACUUGCAGAUGGUGAAACUCAUCGACACCGAACGACAAAGAUCAACAGGUGUGUAUUAUGAGCCCAUGCAUGGAGAAGAAGAGUAUUUCAAGUUUGGCCAAACACUGUGGGGUUUCUCCAAGGAGAUUGCUUUGCCAGAUCUGAAGAAAGAACAAUUUAGACGGCGCACGUUUUCACUCUGACCUUUAUUCCGUAGAAUUCCAGAAACAGAUUGAAGAAACUAUCGCAUGGACUGAACAGUUAGAAGAAUCCACGAAAAACCUUGACGUUGAAGCCAAGCAACUACAUAACAAGUUUAAGCAGAACAGAGAGAUAUGUGAAGGGUAAUUGUAUAUCAUCCUUGUUGGAAAUUUUUCUGAAGAUCCUGAAAGUUAAUAUACGAUCCUAUUACAAUCUUACAUUACAUUACAUUACAUUACAUUACAUUACAUUACAUAGGAUAUCUUAUUCAGUAACAUUUCUACCAGGGAUAAAAUACACAACCCGCAUAAUUCUAAUCAAAAGUAACAGAACCAAUUUUACCAUGAUGUACUGACAAGCUACGUAGCCAGAUUUUUAAGUAGUAGAAGUACUAUAUCCUAAGGUUCUCAUUAAAUAGUUUAAAGAAGACAUCUGCUGUGUUGGAUGAACAUGAAGAAGCCUUACGGAAGAAAUUUGAGAUGAUCAGCUUGGAACGACAAACACAACUGUAAGUAUUCAGGCGCUGGUUUAUUAAAGCACGAUGACGCUAACCCUGGGUUACAAAUUUAAUCCACUGCUUUGGUUUGUACAUUUCUGCAGGUCAGUUUGUUUUAUAACGUUAGAGAAUAAAACUUUUACUGAUCCAGAAAACGUCUCUGGAAAAGUAUUUCUAAGUUUAUAAACAAGCUGUUAGGAGUCUAUGCUAACCACUUAGGAAUGUGCUAACCAGCUUUUGGACAACCGGCUCCAGGUCGAUAGAGAGGAUAAGAUUUGACUACCCUACCGCUACCUUAAUACGCAUUUGAUUGGUUAAUCGCGUGGUUUAAACACAUCUGAUUGGUUGAUGGUGGCAGUAGCGGUAGGCAUGAAAGUCAAACGGAAUCUCUCUUAUAAAUCUCUCUUUCUCUGUCACAAUGAAAUAUCGAACGGCCCUGAACACCAUAUUAGCUAUGGUAAUUUACUGAAUAAAGAUGGUAGAAUGGUCAAUCCUACUGUAGAUUACAGCACCAAGAAGAUGUGGAGAAGUACGAGAAAAUUUGGUCAAGAUAUGCCAGGAAAUACGAGGACAUCCCACUGGCGAAAGAAUUGUCGAAGGUUAAAGAGACAGCUAUGAACACUGAAGCUUCUGGUAACUGGAAUCACUUGUGUUGUUUGUUCUGAAUGUAGUAAAGAACUGACUGUAAUAUAGAUUUAUUAUGACGUACAUUAUUUCAGUUCGCGAGGUAUCUGAGCAGAUUACGAGGGUCCAAUCACAGAUCAUAGAAAUGGAGGUUGAAAAAACUCAUAUGCAAGGCAAGAAUUUCUUUUUUGUCCUUCUCUUUUCCCAUUAUUUAGAGGUUGCACCUAUGUAA